CCGACGGAAAGGAUAGCUGGCACGCGCGUGGAAACGUGUUUUGGUGGAGUGCAGCGAGAAAGCGGUCUGGUUUUAUGAGUUUUAUUGGCGUGACAAAAAAAGUAAAGGGCGAACGAUUUUCUCACUUUGUUAACUAGAUAUGUGUUUAUAAAUCAUUUCACUCAACGUUGCAUGUUAAACGUUAAUGUCCAAGUAGCUCUGAAAGAACUCGGGAAGAAAGCAUGAAGAAGAAGCACGCUGCAAGGAGCAAGGGGGUGGUUGCCGAUGCUACUGAGCAGAAGGGUUAUGUUGUCGGCCUGGUGUCAGACAGCCUGACUGCAGAUAAAACCACACCAGGGACUCUGUCUUCGCUGUUCUCAGUUGCAGCUAAAAAGAAUACACUGGUCUUCGUUCCAGCACCUAAAGAGACAAAGGCCAGUUCUGUUAAACAGGAAGCAGUCCGUGUGCCAGGCAGCGGAGAAGCGGUGAAACAGAAGAAGACGAAACAAAAAACAGCAGCUGAACAGAAGUUGGAGGACAGAGAAGAGGCUUUAAAAAAUGCAGACGACGCCGAAGAGGAAAAACGUCCAAAGAAAGCAAAGCGCAAAGCUCCAGAAACAAACGAUGAUGGAGAACUAGAAGAGGCGCUAACAGCAAAACGGCGUAAAGUUACCUGGAACAAAGCUGAAGAGAGAAUUAAACUGAAAAGAACCGUGUUUGUUGGCAACCUGCCUGUUAACUGCACAAAGAAGGAUUUGAAAAAGAUCUUCAAGGAUCUGGGAACCAUCGAGUCAGUGCGAUUCCGCUCAGUCCUUCGGGAAGAUCCAACAAUGUCCCGCAGGCUCGCUACCAUCCGACGCCAAGUCGACGCCAAACAAGCAAGCAUCAAUGCCUAUGUGGUGUUCAAGGAGGAGGACGGGGCAGCAAACGCCUUACAAAGGAAUGGAAUGGAGAUCAAGAAAGACAUUUACAUCAGAGUGGAUCGAGUUUCCCAGCACGGAUCACAUGACCAUAAGAAGUCUAUCUUUGUGGGUAACCUCCCCUAUGAUAUAAUGGAACUGUCUUUGCGCCAGCACUUUGAGGAGUGUGGUAAAGUCGAGGCUGUGCGAUUAGUGAGGGACCGAAAUACUGGAGUGGGAAAAGGCUUUGGUUAUAUUCUCUUUGAGAACACAGACGCCGUCAUGUUAGCGCUGAAGCUGAACGGUUCUCAGCUACUCGACCGGAAGAUCAGGGUGAAGCGCUCGGUGAAGAAGGAGAAGGUGAAAAACGAGAAUGAGAGGAGAGGAAGAGGCCCAGCAGGAAAAGGAGCCAAAGGGCAACACGGGCGAAAUGCAGCGAGGCAGAGAGGACCACAGUCUGGAAACUUUAAAGGACCCAAGCGUGCUGAACGCGGCAAACCCACUGGAAAGCCCUUCAAGAAACAUCCUGGGAUGGGCAACAAAACAUCAACCUCCUUCACCGGAAAUAUGGCAGAUCCCGUUUCCAAAAAGGGCAAAGGACUGCGAAAAAAGUUCAAACCAAAGAAAAAGUCUAAAUCUGUUCACAUUUAAUUCUUUUUUUUUGUUUGUUUUUUAAAUGUUGUUUCAUUGAGAUGAGUUAGACUGAAAGGUAACUGCAGAGACUCCCAUCAGAUUCAUCCAUUUGUUUAUUGGUUAAAAAAAAGAUUCCAUCAUAUUAAUGUUCUCAAUAAAAGCAAACACAAACACCUUCAAAUGUACUGCAGUAUCAGAUAAGUCAUACAGAAAGCUUACAGUGUACAAAAAAAAAAAUAGAUGAAUAAAAAUCUUGCUCUGAAGACGUAAGUCUGUACUACAAAACUCAGUUAAUUCACUGUAGAACUCUAGAGAUUCACAAAUAGAGUUAAUUUAAAUAGUGUUGAGCUCAGUGCUAGAUUCCUAGCAAAUCAAUUGAGCUCUGUAGUUCGUCUAGAGGUGUGUGUGUGUGGGUGGGUUAGGUUUGGGUUUUUUUUUUUUUUUUUUUUUAGGUUAAAUCCCCUCACUAUUUUUUUGAGCUGGGAAAAACCACACAGUAGCUGGAGUAUGUUUUGUGAGCAACAAUCCAGCCAACUUUGAGUUUAUAUGAUCUAUUAACUUUCUCCACAGAGAGUGAACUGUGUGGUCAGUGUUACAGAUUUAACCAGCAUGUGUCUAUGCUGAUUAAUCCAAAGUAAAUACUAUGGUUAACUCCUGUAAAGAAGCCAAUUUUUCUUUUAAACUCGAUGACUUGUGGGUUGAAAAGAAAUUUCCAAGUUUUCAAGGAAUGUUUGUCCCAGUUAGUUGUCUCAUUGCUGCUCGCCCCGGCAGACAUUUUUAAUCAUCACAUCCUGUUUGAGCUUAACUUAGCUGGGUCAAUUUCCCUAAAACAUAAUGAAAUAAACCACAAGGAUAAAGAAGAUAUUGAAGACAAACUUGGAGAUGAUGGUAAACGUAUGGUAAAAUAUGAGCACUGCACCACUGCCUGACUAGUUGAGGUUGAGACCCACUCCCAUUAGUUAAAAACCACAGUCCAGACACACACACACACCUCUACUCCCCUGCCUUCUUUCUUCUUUUUUUUUUUUUUCUCCCACAUGAAUGCAAACAUGAUUGAGGAAUAGUCCAGCGUUCUGAGCUUUGCUAACUCUACCGACCAUACGUUUGGGAUUUAUCCUACACAUACUUCAUCAGUUAACGAUGAAGUCUUCAGAAGAGUUAGCUUGGUAGUAGAAAGGGGAUUACGGGACGGACUCGGGUCGUGUAAACGUCGUCCGUGACACGGUAGCUUAUGAAUGUGCGUUGCAUAUUUGCUGACUUGGGUGGGGUUUUUUUUCCCCUUCCCUAAUAAAGAAAUCAGAAGAUCGGGUUUCGUUUUUCUCAGUUUAUACAACAUUCAAAAAAAAAAUGAAAAA